AUGAGUAGCCAAGAAGAACCCAGGCCACCGUUCCCGCCCUUCACCGAAGCAACGGCGAAAGCCAAGGUGAAGGCGGCGCAAGAUGCGUGGAACACCAAGCGGGUGAAGUUGGCGUACACUACCGAUUCUAUCUGGCGCAACAGGGACACAUUCCUCAAAGGCCGAGAUAAUAUCGAGCAGUGGCUGACCACGAAGUGGAAGAGAGAAAAUGGUUACCGCCUCCGCAAGGAACUCUUCGCCUUCACUGACAACAAGGUGAGAACAUGGUUUUUCAUGCCCAAACUAUUGGCAAUAGCUGCGCGCCUGGAAGCACGGCUGAUCGUCGACCAGAUUGCCGUCCAGUUCUGGUACGAGUGGCAUGACGAGUCGGGGCAGUGGUGGCGGACUUAUGGCCUCGAGGACUGGACAUUCGCCGAAAACGGCCUGAUGGGCAAGAGACAAAUGAGCGGAAACGAUGUCAAGAUCGAAGAGACGCAGAGGUGGUUCCGCGACGGCGUGGACGUGAAUGAGGUUGUCAUCAGCGAGGAGCAUUGGUAG